AUGAGAGUCGCCAUACGAGAGCAGUUGGCAGCCCUGGUACUGCUGGCUGUCUUGGUUUCGCUCGCCAUUCUCUCGAUACCGACGUGGAUCUAUGUCAACAAGUUUGUCGUCAAUGUCGAGACCAACCAGCUGGCACUGGCAGCCUCGCUGAAGGCCGCCCAGAUUUCGUCCGAGAUCGAGCUGUUGCAGACGACCACCAAAACCAUCGCCACACGCUUGUUGAUCCAACAGUCUCUGCGAAAUUUUUAUUUAGGAAACACGACUGUCGAGAAUUUCGCACAGGCCACGAAUGAUCUUCAAAGUGCUCUCGAGGCUGCCGGCGAUUCCUCGACUAACCUGCUACAAGCCAAGAUCUUCUCCAGGAACACCACAGGCAAUGCAGGAGGUCUGCUCAACAUCACCUCUCUAUCUCCCCCGAGCAUUUUGUUGCCCUACAAAAGCCCCAAUGGAUCCGCUGUCUACCUGGCGGACACCGAACUAGGGUACCCGCCGAGCUUGUAUCCGAAUAUCACGUAUUACCCAUCAAACGAUCCGGAUCCGCUCAACAAUGGCUCGACCUUGAUGAUUGCGAGGCCUUGGCCGGACAUCAGGAUCGACACGUCCGUCAACGGACUCAUACUAGGCCCUUUGUUUAUUAACACGACCUAUGCCUUGGUAUCACUGACAGUCCCUGUACGAGAUAACAAGAACACCAGCGCAAUCCUUGGCUAUAUGACCAUGAUAUCCGAGUCAAGUUCUCUUAUUGGAAUCGUCAGUUCGCGGGAAGGACUAGGGGAGACUGGUUCCCUGCUCGUGAUUGGUCCCAACACAGGCUGGAACAGGUUCAGCAGGUACAACCUACCAGUCAAUGCCGUCAACGAUGCUGCCAAAAAUAUGUCAGACGUCUUGGUCGACUUUGUCCUACCGCCAGACGUCUCUUCCGGUAACGGCGACAGACACUCGCAACGUAGCUUUGCCGCCGGGGCACCCGACCGUACCUUCCGAGUCGGCGACUACCCUGCUGUGCUGGCAGCACUCACGCAGCGCAACACUGCUGCUAACAACGCCAGCAGUAUGCUGUCGACAACCAAUGAACAGGGAGUCCCGGUUGCUGUAGGCUAUGCACGCCCCCAGACAGGUCUCGUAAACUGGACACUGGUAGUGGAGCAGGAUCGGAGCGAGGCCUACGCCCCUAUCACAACAUUGCGGAAUAUCAUUCUUGGCUGUGUCUUUGGGACGGUGGGGGUCGUGCUUCUGCUCAUUGUGCCCUGUGCCCAUUUCAGUGUUCAGCCUAUUCGCAAGCUCGUGGCGGCCACGGAAAAGUCCGUGGCGCCACCUGGAUACGAUGAUAUGGACGAGCUGGAUUUCGAUCAUGACAGCAACCUCGAUCAUCCUACAUCAAUUGGAGUUUCAAGCAGGUCGGAAAAGACUUGGCUUGCAGCUCUGAAGAGGACGAUCCGAGGAAAACGCAAGCCACCCCCGUCAGAACACGACAGCGAUCCGCGGAGACGGGUCUUCAAGAUUCCAGGCAGAGUCAAGGACACGAAACACUACGUUACCGACGAGCUGACAGAGCUGACCCGGGUGUUCAAUGAUAUGGGCGACGAACUCCUGAAGCAGUACAACUCCCUCGAACAGAAAGUUGCUGAGCGGACCAGCGAGCUUGAAAUCAGCAAAAAAGCUGCCGAGGCGGCGAAUGAGAGCAAAACGCUAUUUAUUGCCAACAUCUCCCACGAGCUGAAGACGCCCCUCAAUGGCAUUUUGGGGAUGUGCGCUGUUUGUAUGGAAGAAGAUGAUAUCUUUAGGAUCAAGCAGUCUCUGAAGACACUUUACAAGUCGGGAGAUCUUCUACUUCAUCUGUUGGAAGAUUUGCUGAGCUUCUCCAAGAACCAGAUAGGCCAACAGCUGAAUCUAGAGGAGAAAGAAUUCAGACUUGGCGAUAUCAGGUCGCAGAUACUGACAAUCUUCGAUAAACAAGUUCGCGAAGGCAAGAUCGAUUUUACCGUCACGUUCCUGAGCACCGACUGGGAUCCUGGUAGGAGCCCUGAGCGCGAGAGCAUGGAGAUAGUGGAUCCCAAGUUGCCAGCUAUGGGUCCUCAGGGCGCGGGCAGAUUGAAGGAUAUGUGUCUUUGGGGUGAUCAGCAUAGGAUCUUGCAGGUCCUAAUCAACCUCGUCAGCAAUAGUUUGAAAUUCACACCAGCUGAAGGCAAGGUCUCGGUCAGAAUUAGGUGCAUAGGAGAAGUGGAACAGCCGUUCGACGAAAGUAGGACUUCAUCGUUUUCGAGGGGAUCGGGCCGUGCAGGACGAACCCGCCAUAGAAUGGGAUCUGGGUCUAAUCGGUCCAACCAUUCUGGAAGCUCGAAGGGAGCCACAACACCUCAACCCUACAACAAGGCUGGGACCGCAUUGGCUAUCAACCCGUUAGAUCCCAAAGCAACGCCUCAUGUCCACGUACGCGAAAGAUCGCCUACUCCGCCGCCGCCCAGCGCGAAGGCAUACAUGUUCGAAUUCGAAGUUCAAGACUCAGGCCCGGGUAUCCCGGAACAUAUGCAGCAGCGCGUCUUCGAGCCUUUCGUGCAAGGCGACUUGGGGCUGAGCAAGAAGUUUGGCGGUACCGGACUUGGUCUCAGCAUUUGCCACCAGCUUGCAGGUCUGAUGGGAGGCUCUAUUGGGCUCAAGAGCACUCUGGGCGUUGGAACUACUUUUACAAUGCACAUACCACUGAAGUAUACAAAGGACAGAGCAUCAAGUACUGCCUCUAGCAGCAUGAAAUCGAGACCGCCCAGCGUAGUCUCUGCUGAUGGAGACGGCCGUAGCAACUCAAUAUCAGGAGCAACAGCUGUAGAAGCCAAGGCCACAGUCUUGGACCAGCAGCCUCGUCUCAUCGGAUUGAGCCAUCCCUUCUUUGCGACAAAUGCAGCUGCGAAACCGAAGCCGAGCGCAGAGGAUCAUCUGCGUGCCAUCGACCGUGCAAUGGCCAACAAACCGGAUGGGAAACUGCGAGUCCUUGUUGCUGACGAUAACUCGGUCAAUAUCGAAGUUGUCAGCAAACUGCUCAAGCUUGAAGACAUUUACGAUGUGACCAUCGCCAAGGAUGGACAGGAAGCCUAUGAUCUUGUCAAAGCCAACAUGGACAAGAACCUGCGAUUUGAUGUUAUUUUCAUGGAUAUCCAGAUGCCAAAUUUGGAUGGACUUCAGAGUACACGCUUGAUACGGAAGAUGGGCUACAACUCCCCGAUCGUUGCUUUGACAGCGUUUUCCGAAGAAAGCAAUGUAAAGGAGUGCAUGGAAUCUGGAAUGGACGAGUUCCUCGCGAAGCCGAUCCGCAGACCGGCACUCAAACAGGUUCUGAAGAGAUUUGCCACGAUUCCCGAGGAGCCAGAGACUGCCUCGAUCUAUCCAAAGAAAACAUCGGAAAAGACAUCUCCAUCCACUGAGACCCAUCAUGUGGAGGAGAAAGCGUUACCCUCGACACACGAAGUUGCCGAAAUGAAUGGGACGCACACCGAAACUACGACACCCACACCCACCACCAACAUCACCACCACCACAUCAUGA